UAGCUUCUGAUCUCAAACUUCCAUUUCAAAUCAUCAACUUUUUUAUGAUUCUACGCGCAAAUUAUGCUAAAUUCUUAGAUAAUUUGGAUUAAUAAUGAAGCUCAGGUUUUGUCCGCUUAUAUUAGGAUUUAGUUUAGGGAUCAGACAGAAACAUAUGCAAUCAGUGGAAAAAUAAUCUUCUUGGUAAUGUUUAUGUAAGAUUUUUGUGCCUCAUCGUUGAGAAAGAUGGCCUUGCAAGAAAAAUUAGAUAGAUUCAAGAAGCAGCAGGAGAAGUGCCAGACAACCCUCACAAGCAUUGCAGCGUCUAACAAUGCCACAACUCAAAAAUCCAAACCCACAGUGAGACCACCGUCAGCCAAUGCAAGAGCCCCUGCUCCUGCUGUCAAAUUUUCGAAUGAUACAGAGAGGCUUCAACACAUCAACAGCAUUCGGAAAGCCCCCGUAGGAGCUCAGAUCAAGCGUGUUGUAGAUCUGCUGUUGCAGACAAGGCAGGCCUUCACACCGGAGCAAAUAAAUGAAGCAUGUUAUGUUGAUGCGAAUGCCAACAAAGCUGUCUUUGACAGUUUGAGGAAUAACCCGAAAGUGCACUAUGAUGGGAAGCAUUUCUGUUAUAAGUCUAAGCAUGAUCUGAAGGACACAAAUCAGCUUCUUUACUUGAUAAGGAAAAAACCAGAGGGGAUUGCUGUCAUUGAUCUUAAGGAUGCAUAUCCAUCUGUGAUGGAAGACUUGCAGGCUUUGAAAGCUUCGGGUGAUAUUUUGCUUUUAUCAAACUUCGACUCACAGGAAGACGUUGCCUACCCAAAUGACCCCAGAGUGCCCAUUAAGGUGGAUGAUGAACUUAAACAGCUGUUUCGGGGUAUUGAAUUGCCAAGUGAUAUGCUUGACAUUGAGAAGGAUCUCCAGAAGAAUGGGAUGAAGCCUGCUACCAACACUGCUCAGAGGAGGGCCUUGUCAGAGGUUCAAGUCAUUUCCUCCAAGCCCAAGGGAAAGAAGAAGAAGCACGAGAUCACCAAGAGGACAAAGCUGACCAAUGCCCAUCUUCCAGAGCUUUUCCAGAAGCUAUAAACCACAAUAAUUGUUGAAGUUCGGAUGAGUGAUUGGUGAACCAUCACUCUGAGAACUUAGCAGUGCAAACGUUGUUGGUGUUUUUUUACUUACACCCAAAGGAGUCACCAAUGCUCAUUUGGUCACUCAAAACGCUUCUCCAAGAUUAUCCAGUGAGAGUUUUUUGUGUGAUUCAGUGUCAUUGUGUCGAACAAAUUAGUAUUAAUUGUGUUGCAAAAGGGCUCCUUUUAUGUGCCAAUCACAAUGAAAUUUAUAUAUUGAGUGCAAUUACUUGUGCCAAAAAUGGCAUAAAAAGAAGUUGAGAUGUUUA